AUGAAGCGAAAAACUAGAGGUUCAGGUUUACGCGUCAAACCUGCAAAAUACACCGGUUGCCAAUCUGGUUUUCGUAUACGCUACAAGGAGGACGAGUUUAUCAUUUCUUCCGCGAAAACAGUUCACAAUCACAGAUGUGAAAAAAGUCUUAUGAUAGGUGAUCCAUAUUUUAGAUGCCUGUCCGGGGAUGAAAACGAGAAUAUUGCACCAGUUGUGAAGACUACAUCUGAGGUUGCUGAUGUUUUGGAAUAUGCUGAAGAGAAUUUUAAUAAAGUUUUGACGAGCACAGAUGUGUAUAAUUUACGUAAGGAUGUGAGACCAGCCAUGCCUUUGAGAUCAGAUGUUAUGCGCAUAAUAAGGCAAAGCGGUCAGGUGGUUGAAUACGUGGAUUCGAAUACAGGGAUAACCAGCAGAAUUUGCUUCGCCCUGGAAUCACAGGUUCAGUUAUAUCGGAAAUAUGGAGAGGUGGUGACGGCAUAUACCUGCACCAAGUGGAUUAUACCAAUUCUACUUGUACCUGCAGAAUAUUUAGAGCACAAAGCAUACCUUGCCGGCAUAUGCUGCUAUGUCACACUCAAAUUCCUCAGUUUACAG